AUGCCUCCUCGAAGCUCUUUGACCAGCUCCUUCUCGGUGACUGAUGCCAAUAACGAGGUGGUCUGUCCCUUGAAGAAUAACGACAGUUCCAAUUGUCGGAAACGAUGUCUGGGGGAAAAACGCUAUCGCUCCAUGCAGGAGCACAUUCGACGUGCGCAUCCGAACCACUACAUUCCGAAGCUCCCGGCGACCGAGGAGAGCUUCUUGAUGAUGGUGAACACCCCGCUCGAACAACGAGCGCAGCUGUCUCCCCCGGAACCCGCCCAACCCAGGCGGCCUCAUGAUGUGGCGCCGGAACGAGACAUCUACGUUGCGGAUGGCUCUCCCGCCACUCCUCGAGCUCUCGAUGAACCCCACCCUGCGGCGGCCACAGCAGCAGUUGCGCUGGCACAAUUGCACCACCACCGGCUGGCUUCGGACUGGGAUACAGAUAUGGAAACUCAUUCUGACACUGAUCUGAGCCACCCGCACAUGCGCUCGACCAUUGAACUUCCCCCACUCCGCGAUCACUUCAAACAGGAGACUCUUCCCCCAUUUGCCCGCCCCCGCGAGCUGCUUCCGUCGAUUCUCAACCACUCUCCGCCCGGUCGCUCGUCUACACUGCCGCCGAUCCAGCGCAAAGAUAAGGUCUCCCGGCCGCGCAAAUCCUCCAUCUCGCAAUCGGCCCGGAAGCCCAAACAGGAUCGGCCCAAGUCAAAGGACUUCGCGCGGCGACCAAGCCUUGGCGACCGCAAAGCCCUAUCGGCAGAGCCGCAGACCGCGGCGUGGGCGCAAGGGAAGCGCUGGGAGGAUUUGAUUGAAGCAGCGACGUCCGCGACCGAGGCUGAUGAUGAGCGCUAUUCAGAGGCUGGUCGGUCUCCGACGAUUGCCCCACUACUCUCCAACGUGACGUCUGCUCCUGGGGUGAAAAAUCGGUCUUCGCUACCACCCGCGUUCCAAUCCACAGGACUGCCUCCCAUUUCAUCGCAUCGACCGUUCCCACCUCAUCACUACGCCGCUUCGCCCUUGCACAAAGCAUUGACCCCUCCACCGUUCGAGAAUCACCGCGCCCGCGACAGCGACCUCGAGCCAUUCCCAUCUAUUGAAUCGUCCCUCGAUUCCAUGUCCUCAACAUCUGGCACUGGCACUGGCACCGGCAGAAAUUUUGCAUCGUCCAUCUCGGGAGUUGCGCCAUCCAUCAACUCCGACGGUAGCCCAACCAUGAAUUUGAUCCCACCCAUGUCUCAGCGCCAACACCACCGAUUCUCAAAUCCCACGCCCGCCUCUUUCCGCAACAAAGAGGUCCAGGUGUUUUGUGCCCAUUGCAAACGACCCUCGGCCUUGAACGAGUGUUAUGCCUGUACAGAAUGUAUCUGUGGAGUCUGCCGUGACUGUGUGGGCAUGUUCAUCUCAAGCCCACCCGCUUCCUUCAGGACCCCUGGCAACGGACUACUACACAAUAUGCAGCAGGGGCCGACCAGCUACCCGGGCCCUCGUGGAUGCCCGCGAUGUCGAACAGUGGGUGGAAAGUGGAAAGCUUUCCAGAUCGACAUCAAAUGA